CGGGAAGGAGCGGGGCUGCGAGGAGCGGGGCUGCGAGGCGCGCGCCGUGCUGGUUGCGGUACCUGCUCGCGUUGCUCUUGGCAUGGAGGAAAUCUACGCCAAGUUUGUGUCUCAGAAAAUCAGCAAAACCCGCUGGCGGCCGGUGCCUGCGGGGAGCCUGCAGACUGCGGACACCUUCGCUACGGGCUCUUGGGACAAUGAGGAAAAUCGUGUUUCACUGUGGUCUAUUGGAGAUUUUGGGAACUUGGAUUCUGAUGGAGGGUUUGAAGGAGACCAUCAGUUAUUGUGCGAUAUCAAACACCAUGGUGAUGUGAUGGACUUACAGUUCUUUGACCAGGAAAGGAUUGUAGCUGCUUCAUCAACAGGAUCUGUAACACUUUUCCUUCACCAUCCAAAUAACCAGACUCUUUCAGUCGGCCAGCAGUGGACAGCAGCUCACUACCACACAAGCCCGGGCAGCCUUUCCUGUCGCAGUGCACCGUGCACGGGUGUUGUGUGCAGCAACCCAGAAAUCGUCACAGUUGGAGAAGAUGGUCGGAUAAAUCUCUUCAGAGCUGAUCACAAGGAAGCUGUGAGAACCAUAGACAAUGCAGAUAGCAGCACGCUCCAUGCUGUGACCUUCCUUCGAACUCCAGAGAUUCUUACAGUUAAUUCAAUUGGACAGUUAAAAAUAUGGGAUUUCAGACAACAAGGAAAUGAGCCCUCUCAGAUUUUAUCACUGACUGGUGACCGAGUACCACUCCACUGUGUUGAUCGACAUCCCAACCAGCAGCACGUUGUAGCUACUGGGGGCCAGGAUGGAAUGUUGAGUAUUUGGGACGUUAGACAAGGUACUAUGCCCGUGUCUCUGCUGAAGGCCCAUGAAGCUGAAAUGUGGGAAGUUCACUUCCACCCAUCCAAUCCAGAUCACCUCUUUACUUGUUCUGAAGAUGGGUCCCUCUGGCACUGGGACGCCUCCACAGACGCACCUGAAAAGUCAUCACUCUUUCACGAAGGAGGAAGAAGUAGUAUUUUUUUGUUUCACAGCAUUAGUAACCAGGCUAAUGUUCACCAGUCUGUCAUAAGCUCCUGGCUCAGCACUGAUCCUGCAAAAGACCGUAUUGAAAUCACAAGCUUGCUUCCCAAUAGGACUUUGUCUGUGAACAGUUUGGAUGUUUUGGGUCCUUGCCUUGUUUGUGGAACCGACGCAGAAGCAAUUUAUGUUACUAGACAACUAUUUUCAUGAAAAUACUAUAAUUAUAAGAUGUCAGGUAAAAACAUACCGUUAACCUUUCAAAUGCCAACUUCUAUGCAAAUUUUUAUUAUUGGAAAAUGUGAAAUUUGCAAGGGAAGCAUCAGUAAACUGUUGUUAAUGUCAAUGCCCAGUUUCAGAUUUUAUUAGUUGGCUCUUCCCCUAAGAGUUGCAGAAUCUGAUCGAUGACUGAUAGCAGGAGGGUUGCAACACGCGGAAGAUGCUUGUGCUGAUGAAUACGCUGCUGUCACACAGACUCUGGACAGCUCGUGGGACUUAGUCUUCAUUUUUGGUGUUGUGAGACACUGUCAAACACCAAGGGGUUCCUGUCCUUUCCAUCGACAGUAUGUGAGGCAUGACCUAUACCCUUCCCUGGUGGCAUUAGCCAGUGUUAAUGUUUGUUCUUUUUAUGGCAAGUAUUUUCUUCAAUCCUUCCAUAUUUUAUUUCCUUAAUAGUUUUAAUAAACUUUUUCAGAAAGAAUUGAGGAGUACAAAAAUGGUGAAUUUUUUUGUGUUCACAUUUUUUUCAAGGUGAAGAUGUUUUGACAGGUGCCUUUAUUAGACUAAGUUUGAACAGAACUCUGUGAACUACUUACACCCAACUUUAUUUUUCUUGAAAAGAAAAAAGAAAAAUUCAUUUUUGCUAAGGAUUUUUGCUUUUGUUUAGUUUUACAGUGUAGUUGAAAAUUGCCAAACUGGACAUUGUGCAAUAAAAUAGAAUUUGACAUUGAUAAGUGAGCCAACUUAAAAAUUAAAAAUUUGAUAGGUAACAUGUAUGAGACUAGUAUGAUGUAGUAAGACUAUAGAAUUCUGCCAUCUUUAUCCUUAUCCAGAACGUUAAUGAUGACUUAAUAUGUAGUGUUUUAAGACACUUUAUGACGUCGUCUUUCCAGAGCUGCUUCGAUUGAAUGCAUUAUUGAACUAAGGCCUUAAUGACAAGUCACUGCUAUAACACAGUUGAAGUGUUGGUUCAUUUACUUUAGAAUUCCAAUCAUAGUAAUUAUGGUAAAAUUUUCCUUUUCUGUCCUAAUAAAUAUUUUCAAUUUUUUAUGCCACCUUAUCUCAGGCUUUUUUGAUCUUUGGUUUUUUGUCAACAUUUUUAAAUGGACUACGUAUAUGCAUCUGCUUUUUUAUAUAUAUGUGACUCAAGAAUAUUUGAUUAAAGAUAAUUAGUAACUUUGAAUUCCAAAGAAUCAGAGGAGGAAAGAAAAUGUUGCUGAUAGGAGUUUUUAAUCUGUUUAUAGUUUUAGUGCUGGGACUAAUUUUUAAGACUUUCUGUUAUUACAAAAGUAAUUCAUUACAGGAAAAAAACAGAUACAGUCAAAAGAAAAUUUUUAAAUACUUAUAAUCUCAAACAGACAAUAGUCUUUUCAUAGCCUUUUUUAUACAUCAACGUAUAUAAUUUUUUUUGUAAAAAUGAAAUAUAUCAUACAUAUUAUAUGUGUGGAUGCGCAUCCCCUAGCAGUAAACACAUGGAUUCAGUAAGAAAA